AUGUCUUUUAAUGCACACAGUAAGGACAAUGACAAGCUUAGCCGAAUUGUCAUGCUGUGUUGGGCUUUAUGGUUGGCUAGAAACGAUCUAAUUUGGAAGGACCGUGUUCGAAGUGUAAGUGAUGUAGUUGCUUUUGCGUUCUCAAGUCUUGAUCAAUAUGUUAAAGCUCAAGGUAAAGGAAACAUUCCUUUACUGUCACCCCUCAAAGAUGGUGAUGGUUCGGAGCUUUGGAAAAAACCGAUAACAUGCAUCAAGCUUAACGUAGAUGCGACUAUAUUCGAUCGUGAGUCUAAACACGGGUUUGGUUGUGUGGUGAGGAACUCGAGUGGAGAGCUGGUUUCGGCUUCUGCUGGUGUGAAAUUUGGCAAAGUCUCCCCUGAGUUGGCUGAAAUCAUUGGUAUAAGAGAGGUUCUUAGCUGGCUCAAGAACCACGGCUACACUUGUGCUGAAGUUGAGACGGAUAGCUUGGUCUGCGUUGAAGCUAUUCGUCAUACUGCAAGCUACAAUUCUGAUUUCGGUCUGGUUGUGGAGGAUUGUAAAACUUUGCUUAAAAGUUUGCUAAAUGUUUCCUUAUUUUUUGUCAAGCGUUCUGCGAACCGUGCCGCGUACUUUGUUGCCCGACACUUUAUGACUCUCGCUGAAUGUAUGUUCUUUAUUAAUAGUGUUCCCCUAGAGUUGUUAUCCAUUCUUGUGAGCGAUAGCUCCUCUUAA